AUGACUGCCAAUCAAAGAGGUAGACAUCAAGGGGGAUAUUGGGCAGCUGCGUGUUGGCCCAAGGAAGAACAUCUACUCGGGAUGACAUACAAGUGGGAGGUCCUGCAAGUAAAUUAUUUGCUCCUCACAGAUACAUUUUCAUCCAGUGCAAUGGACAUUGCUUACAUUUCACAUUUAUAAACAUACAUUAUUGCUCACUAUUCCCACAUAUAUCAUGCAUGGUAUCAUUAGAUAUACUACCAAUGUUGAUUUUCAUGUCUCUCAGGGGCCUUCAUACUGUCUGGAGCAGUUGGCUGACCUGUCUCAUGAGGAUGAACAAGAGCAGAGGAUGCAUGGCCAGCGUAACAAAUAUGGAAAAAACAUUGAUAGACUGAUGAUGGAUGUUGGGUCAGUUGAUAAUGUAUAGUGUGUACAAUUCUAUGUUUGCCCCUUACCCAACUUAAACCCUAUCCCACUAUCACAACUUACUGCUUCAUUACAAUACAGAGCAAAGAUCUUACUGGGAUUCAGCAAUAUCCAGUGCCCUCUUGUUUGUUGCAUAAAUGUGUCCAGUAAACAAAUAAACUCAAUGUGUGUGGGUGUGGUGUGUUUCUGUUUGCUUUUGAUGAUCAGAUGAGUCUGCGGAAGAAGGAGCACCAGUCUGAGUAUCUGAGUGCAUGCCAACAUGUCUUCGACGAGCAGGAGGAGGAGCUGCUGGAUUCCACCAAAGACCUGGACCUCGGAAAAUGA